CGCAAAAAAGAAAGUGAAUAAACCCUAAUAAGAUCCCAGCCGUUCAACCCAGGAUUCGGGGCGUUUUAUUUAAAAACCUAGCAGCCUCAUUUUCAUCCCUCGUUCUUCCUUCUUGCCGCCGCUCGUGGAGAAGAAGCCCCAGUAGGCAAGCAAUGGUUAAGCACAAUAAUGUUAUCCCUAAUAGCCACUUCCGGAAGCAUUGGCAAAACUAUGUGAAAACAUGGUUCAAUCAGCCUGCACGGAAGACAAGAAGACGAUUAGCUCGCCAAAAGAAAGCUGUUAAGAUUUUCCCUAGGCCUACAGCUGGACCUCUUAGGCCUGUUGUUCACGGUCAAACUUUGAAAUACAACAUGAAGGUCAGAGCUGGCAGAGGAUUUUCACUUGAAGAGCUGAAGGCUGCUGGAAUUCCCAAAAAGCUUGCUCCAACCAUUGGCAUUGCUGUUGAUCACCGCCGCAGGAACCGUUCUUUGGAAAGUCUUCAGGCUAAUAUCCAGAGGCUGAAGACAUACAAGGCCAAGCUUGUUGUGUUCCCAAGACGUGCACGAAAGGUCAAGGCUGGCGAUUCAACACCUGAGGAACUUGCCAAUGCCACACAAGUCCAGGGUCCGUUCAUGCCUAUUGUGAGGGAGAAGCCAUCUGUGGAGCUUGUUAAGGUUACUGAGGAUAUGAAGGCAUUCAAGGCUUAUGAGAAGCUUCGCCUCGAGCGCACGAACAAAAGACAUGUUGGUGCCAGGCUGAAGAGGGCUGCUGAAGCAGAGAAGGAAGAGAAGAAGUGAAGAACUCGUGAAGCUACUUUUUCUCCUUAUAAUCGUUAAUUUUUGUUCCAGUUUCACUAGUCUUAAUCUUAUCAAGAGCAAAUUUUGUUCAGGGUCUGUGCCCUUCUGCAAGUAACUUCCGGAUUGUUAUUCCAGUUGUUUUAGCGCACUGGUUUGCCUGAGUAUUUUGUGUUCUGUUGCGAUCAUAAAUUCCAAUUGCGUACUAUGAAAAACCCACAAUUCCACUUA